AUGGCUGAGGCACUUAAUAGCGAGGAAGUGAGUGCUGUUCAUACAUUCACACAGAUACCGACAUUUGAUGUCCACAACGUCACUCCACUCUGUAAAUUAGGGGAAGGUGGAUUCUCCAAAGUGAUGAAAGUGCAAACAACUAAUGGUGUUAUAUGUGCAUUAAAAGAGUCUGUUGAUGAGAAGUCACCAACACUUUUACGUGACGCAACAAUAAUGAAAUUACUGAACCAUCCAAAUGUGGUGCAGUUCUAUGGAUUUGCACAUGAAAACAUUUCAAUGGCAUUUAACCUUGGGUUAGUCACUUUAUUGCGUGUGCCAAACGGCUUCUUGUUGAUGGAAUACUGUGAUGGAGGCAAUGUAGAUUCAUAUGUAGACUCCUAUGCUCAACAAGGGCUCUACCUUCCUCUCAAUUUGUUAAUGUCCAUUUUCAAGCAAAUUGCUGUCGUCCAGCAUUACUUGCACUUCGACAAAGGCUUUGUCCACAGAGACAUCAAACUCGAAAAUUUCUUAUUGAAAAAACAUGAACCUUACCCAAUCGUUAAAAUGACCGACUUCGGCUUCGGAAGAACGAUCGUCGACUCAAUGGUCACAUUCAAAUGCACCCCACUCUUCGCUGCACCAGAGUUGUUAAAGAGAGUGGAGUACUCAGACAAGUCAGAGUUAUAUUCCUUAGGAGUCUGUUUAUAUCGACUUGCUGCGUCAAAAUAUCCAUUCGGAGCUACAAAGAAUGAGUUCUUCACUAACAUGAGACAACAAAAAGAGGUCGAAUUCCCAAGGAAAAUAGCGGCCUCUGAGAGUUAUAGGGAAAUCAUCGACUUGACUAAAAAACUCAUCGUCUUCGAUGAAGCCAAAAGACUCUCUUGGGAACAAUUCUACGAACAUCCUUUCAUGAAAAUGCUGUUGGCAAGAGAAGACUUGUAA